UCCGUUUCCGGUCCGGUUUUUUUUUUAGAGACUAGCGCGCGCUGUUCAAAACACGGAGAAGAACCGCGGCAGAAGAAGAAGAAGCAACGACUCAAACUUUAUACCCACAUUUAUAUAGUUUUAUACUCCACAGAAACGUGUCCGGUGAAGUUUGUGAAAAUGAUGCCCACUACUACCAGGAAGAGGAAGCUCUCCUCUCUGGACUCUGACAGUAACCCGGCCAAGAACAGGGUGAGGGAGGAGGUGUCCCCCGUGAAGAGGAGCAGCCCCAGGAAGCCGCCACAGUCUCCGAUCAGGAAGAAGCUUGUCGGGCUGCUGAACAAGGAGAACUCUUCCUCGCCACAGAAGUCCCCACGUAGAGCAGCAGGCUCUCCAGCCAAAUCACCUCGUAAAUCUCCGUUCAAACCUUCCAUGGUUACAAGCUCCUUCUAUGGCCAGAAUAAGCCCAUCUAUCUCACUCCACUAGAGAGGAAGGCGAUAAAGGAGUCCCGGCCUUCUCCUCCUCCUCCUUCCUCUCCUUCCCCUCCUUCCCAGGAGAAAAAGAAGAAUAAGAGGAAUGUUAAAGGAGGCAGGAAGCAGAGAAAGGUGGCUGCAGGAUCUAGUAAUGUGGGGAAGACGGGUACCAAAAGCAGUGCGACAUCUCCAAAGAUGAUCAAGCUGUCCAAAUUUAACAGCAGUGUCGCUGCUAAACCAGCAUCCACUACAACCGCUGCUCCCUCCAGCAGCGCUAAGCCAGCAGAGCCCAAGAAGGCAAUCACCAUCACUUUCAGCAGCCUGAAACCCAAACCGAAGAUCUUUGUAGGUGCAGCUUUCUUCAGUACAGGGAAGAAACCUUCAUCCAUGUACAAGAAAUCUGCACCAAAAUCCUCGACCAGGUCAGCUUCAGUCCCUAAAAGCAAAGCUAUCCUGCUGCAGACAACGAGUGAGAAAUUAAAGCCACCUGCUCAGGUGAUGAACCAGCAGCAGAAACAUCCUGAAGAGAGUGCUGUCAAGACUAAAGAGAACCAGCCGAGCACAAAGCAGAGAGUAAAGUUUGAUCCGUCAGACUGGAUGGACCCUGUUAAUGAACAGCCUGAAACUCCACAGCCAUUCAGCUCUCCUAAAAUGUUGUCGAAGAAAUAUGGGAUUACCAAACAGCUGAAUAUUGUGUUGGCAAGGACCCCAACAGCAAGUCCUGCAUCCACAGCUGCAUGCCUCAGUACUCAGGACGGUGGCUCUGAGUUUGACCUGAGUGAUAUAAGUCCCACCAGUGCUGCUGCCAGCCCACUCAAAGAAUCUGCAGCGGUGUAUCCCAUCUUUGGCUCUGCCUCCAAGAGGUUAAAGAGUGCCUCUCGGCGGGCACCAGUGUCCUGCAGCACCCCCUCUGGCCCGAUAACGUCACUGCAGACUACUCCUGCAGCCAAAGAGCGACCUGUUCGCAGGAAGAAAGAGAAACAGGACGACGACCAGCUCAUCAUCGACGCAGGUCAGAAGCAGUUUGGAGCGAUGACCUGCAGCUCGUGUGGGAUGGUGUACAGCGCAGAGAACCCAGAGGACAAUUUCCAACACACCCAGUUCCACCAGCGCUUCAUUGACUCCAUCAAAUUUGUGGGCUGGAAGAAGGAGCGGGUGGUGGCCGAGUUCUGGGAUGGAAAAAUCCUCCUAGUCAUGCCAGAUGAUCCCAAAUAUGCCAUUAAAAAGGCUGACGACGUGCGGUGUGUAGCGGACAGCGAGUUGGGUUUCCAGCAGGUGACUCUGAGCAGACCCACACAGGCCAAGACCUACCUCUUCAUCAACAGGGAGCGCAUGGUGGUGGGCUGCCUCGUCGCUGAAUCCAUACGCCAGGCUUACAGAGUCCUCGAGCAGCCGGACCAACCCAAAGACAUGAUGAAGGAUGACUUCAUGGAGCGACACCGAGCCUGGUGCUGCUCCACCGUCCCAGAACAAGCUCUGUGUGGGAUCAGUCGCAUCUGGGUCUUCAGUCUGGCCAGACGUCAGGGCAUUGCCACACGCAUGCUGGACACCGUCAGGAGCACCUUCGUGUACGGCAGCCAUCUGACCAAGGAAGAAAUCGCCUUCUCUGACCCGACGCCUGACGGCAAACUGUUCGCAACCAAGUAUUCCAACACACCAACAUUCAUGGUUUACAACUUCAUUGCAUGAAGUAAAUACGUGGAUUAAAGAUGCAUGGUUUCAACUGA